CCUAUCGGAGGUUUCCCCGGGCGAAAGCCUCGCGCACGGCGCAGGCGCGUUGACAGGAAAUCGUCUCUAACUGGACGCCUCGUUUCUUCCCUUGCCGCCUCAGUGCCAUUUCCCUCAGAACUGCUCGGAUGGGAACGCGGUGAGGACGGGAGAGGCGGGGAACAGGAAAAGCUCGGCGAGCGUCGUUGCCCCCUUCCAUGAUCCAGAAUGAAGAUCUGGACUUCCGAGCACACCUUCGAUCAUCCCUGGGAAACAGUCACCACUGCUGCUAUGCAAAAAUAUCCAAACCCCAUGAACCCCAGUGUGGUUGGAGUUGAUGUUCUAGAUAGGCACAUAGAUCCUAAUGGAAAGUUGCACAGUCACAGAUUGCUCAGUACAGAAUGGGGGAUGCCAUCAAUUGUAAAAUCGCUUAUUGGUGCCUGUAGAACAAAAACAUAUGUAGAAGAACACUCCAUAGUUGACCCAAUGAAGAAAGUAAUGGAGCUGAAGUCUACUAAUAUUUCAUUUACAAAUCUGGUGUCAGUGGAUGAGAGGCUAAUCUAUAAACCACAUCCUCAACAACCAGAGAAAACCAUGUUGACUCAAGAGGCAACAAUCUGUGUGAAAGGGGUCAGUCUCAGCAGUUACCUAGAAGGACUAAUGGAAAGCACUAUAUCUUCUAAUGCUAAAAAGGGUCGUGAAGCAUUGGAGUGGGUGAUCAACAAGCUGAAUGCUGAAAUAGAGGAAUUCACUACUUCAGCAAGGGGAAACAUGCGGUCACCCAUGGCAGCGGCAGCCUUUGUGGAGAAAUAAUGUAGAGCUACGCAUGUAGCUGGUUAAGCCUGAAUGUCUGAAACAAACCGUUGCACACUUCUUCCAAGCCGGAAAUAUUUAUUCUUCUACCUAUUUAAAAGAAAAGAAAAUCUGUAUUAGAUUUUUAAAUUAAACUUGGAGAGAAGUUGCAUACCUCUGUAAAAUGAAGGUACUAUGCAUGACUUUGAAGUUCAAUGGGACUCGUUAUUCAGGAAGAUAAUCCAAAUGGUCAAGAUCAAAGGAGUCUUGUAAUGUUGGAACUAACUUCCAACUGACAGUAUUCCUCCAACAGAGCGAGCUAUAGAAGGCUAUUGAUAAUUCGUACUUUGAUAGAAUUCAGGUUCACUUGGACUGUUACUUUUUGGGACCAUUGCAGAAACUGAAGAAUUUAUUAUUUUGGACCCAGAAUAGUCGACUUGGUUUGAGGCAGCUAGCGAUAGGUCUUGGUUUGGAAGAACAGCGUUUAUUACUUGAAAUACAAUUCUUUAUACAAAUGUGGGGGUUUUUUGUAUGCUGCUUUCAUUGUUACAAUUUUUAAAAUGAAAAGGUGGUACUUAAAUAAUAUCUGCCAUGCAUAUCUCUGAAUAAAAUAGCCGCUGAUGCUUUGUAAUUUGAAAGAUCAACUAAAAUUAUGUGCUAGCUACAGUUCUGGAAGAAGCUACGUACAGCCAGGAGAGAAACUCGGCUUAAGACUUUGCUCGGCAAUUUCAAUUUUUGUGUAAAAAUCUGGAUUCCGAGGUAGACAUAUUCUGCCAACAAUGUGGCAUUGUUAAUUGAGUUUCAUAAUUGUGAUACUUAUGUUUGCUUAGCUAGAUAUCACAGGCAAAUGGAUUGUCUUAACAAUAGUUUGUGUUUUGUUAUUUGUUAGCUUUCCUUAGGGUGACAAGUUUACCUAGUCAUUUAACAGCGCAAUUCUAAGCUUGAAUUACACACUUCUAAGCCGUUGACUUCAAUGGAUUUAGAAGGGUGUUAUUAGGCUUAGCAUUGUGUUAGUAUUUUUUGAGUACUGUAGGUAAAUGGAUAGAUUCCAAAACCACCAUCACCUUUCACAGAACAGUUUUGUGGAAGAAUUUGCUAAUAGAAAGCAACAAUCUAACCGGUGUUUAACAUGAACGGAAAAUAGCAGUGGUUUAAGUUUUUAUUCAUUUAAUGAUAACUAUAGUUGCAUAAGAUCUCCAUGAGGACCUGUAUGUGAUAUCUCUGAGAAAAAGAAGCAUGUCCCUGAAGAUAUUACAACAAAUAAUGCUUAGUGGGAAAAUUAAUGAGCUGCAAGUUUGGUUUGAAAUUGCUGUCCUAAUUCGCCAAAUUAAUCUAUUAAUGUUUGAAAAUGGGAAUUCUUGAUGCAUGCAGUGUUAUGUGCCAUUUUAGUUCCACUUCUGUACUGACAUGGGUGGGAAAAAUAUGUGGAUUAUGCCUAAAAUCACAAAUGUUUACUAAUAUAUUUAAAUUUUAAAUAUUUUUCUACUUAGGUUUUAGUUGGUCUUUACAAUUGCAUUUGUAAAAUCACUACAUAUGAACUUUUUUACAUGUGAAGAUUAACUUAAUUAAAAUUUUGUCAAUACUCGUG